AUGCAGCAGCCAGUGUACCAGGAACAGCAGCAAGGCAGCCAGCAGGGAGGUCAACAGAUGCUGCUAUGUCCCGUGCGACUGGUGUACGAGACUCAAGUGUUGGUUCAACCAGGUGAUCAAAUACAACCAAAUCAGACUAUAUUCAUAAACACCCAAAAUACACCGCCAUGGAUACAGAACAGACCUCAAAAUCAAGUGAUAUAUGUCCAGCAAAUGGCGCCAAACAAUUAUAUGCCUCAUAUACAACAGCAAUCAGGUCAAAAUCAGAUUUAUAUGCACCAAAACUUCAACAAUUAUCAGCAAAUUAUGCCUCAGCAAAUAAUGCCCCAACAACUUAUAUCUCAAACGCAGCACGAAGAAGUAAGAUCAGCUAACGUCCAAAUGGCGAAUAUGUUAUCAAGGAAUACAGUCCAAAGUUUGCAACCUGGCCCUGUUUCAAAUAACCAAAAUACACCAAAUGAAUCUACAGUAGGAUCAUCGGUAUCAAAUUUUGGAAUAGUACCUUCGUAUUAUACAAAUACGCCAAAUCAAAUGGGCCAAAAUCAAAUCAGUUUUAUACCCUCGAAUGUAAGCAACAAACAAAUUAUUACAAAUGUACAGGCACCCCCUAAGCCGAUCCCAACAAAUACAAUAGCUUUUCCAAGGAAUACUGAAAUGCAACAUAAUGUAUAUAGGCCAUUAGUGCAACAAACGUACCAACAUGAGAAUAACGUGAUACCAACGUCUCUGUCACAGUCUAUAACAAUGGUUCCAAUGCAGAAUAGGCCAACAAUUCAAAAAGCUACAGCCAAUAAUACGGUAGAUCAAAACGUUGCACAAAUACGCCCAUUGCAAUCUCAAAUUGUUAAUACACCAAGCUUAACUCAACCUAUUGUUAAUACAGUUUCAAAUAUAACAAAUGAACGCAUAAUGAGAAAGGUGGCAACAGUUGUACCGAAAGGAAAUAACACAAUUAGCACCUUAUUAAAUACAGGCCCUAAAAAUACUCCUAAUUACACCUAUAGACCUAUUCAACCUAGGCCACAACAGCAAAGAAAUACAAUACCUAAUAUAAUUCCGACAAAUAAUUACGCACCUGUCAUUGUACCUAUGCAACCAUCCAAUUUAAAUAAUAAUAUUAAUAAUUCUAAAUAUGUAAUACCCACAACAUUUCCGCCGAGUUUAGUUAAAACCGAACAAAAUGUCUUUAAUAGAAAAAGGAAAAGUGAGUCACCAGAUGAGAUUCAAAAUAAAAUGUUCAUUAAUAAUAUAACCCAAGGAAAUAUUGCCGUGGUACCGACGGCAAUCACAACAGCUUUUACUGACGUUGGAGUAAACACAAUGCCAAUACAAAAAACAGUUGACCAAAUUGGGAUCACAAAGUUAAAUAAUCAAAGUAUAACAAUAAACCGACCGAAUGAGGGAAUACUAAAUAUUAAAGACAACCCACAACGGAUAGAAAAUCAAGUGGAUAAAGAUGUUAAUUCAAAGCAACAAAGCGAAUCGGAAAAAUUGCUAAGAAAUACUGUAUUUACUCAAGCUAGAAACCGAGUUUUAGCUGAUAAACAAGAAAUAGUUAAUACCAGUACGGUUAGAAUAGAGACACAAGCUUCUGAUGUUGAAUCUUCACCUAAUAAGGAUAUGAAAAAAGAUUUAACCGAAAACACUAACUGUAUUAAACAAAUAAAAAUCCAGCAUCCAACAGUUGUUGAUGCAAAAAAAGAUGAAGAAAGCGAUAGGAAUGAAUCGAAUAAUGAACCAAAAUUUAAAGAGAUAAAUUUGCUUGGGAAUAGUAAAAUGAACGAUGAGAAUGGCUUUGUUUUAACGCAUGUUCUCGACGGCUACGUGAUUCAAGAAUCAAAUAUUGCUUUCCCAAUCAGAAAACCUUUGAAAGAAAAAACAGUGCAACCAAAUGUUAAAGAAAUGGAAGUUUCGAAAGAACAAGAGAAAAAAGAAGAUUCUAAAAACAUUCAACCGGACUUGAGCAGCAACAAGAUCUUUAAUAUAUCAUUUUUACAAUUAAAAGAGGCUGAAGCUCAGAACAGACUGAAUAAUGAUGAGAGAGUAGAAGACUGCAAAGAUAAAGUCUCUAAUAGAGAUAAUCCUUUUACCGAAUUUAAAGCACCUACAAUAAAGACAUGGACGGUGGAACAACUAUCAACACAUCUUCUGAAAUACGACUGGGACGAAACCGUUUCAGUGUUACGCGAACACGAAAUCGAUGGCGAGUCUUUGUUCCUGGUGUCAAAGAACCAGCUUAUGACUAUCGGCGUGAGUGAGGAUCAUGCUAACGUUAUCUGUGAAUUUGUUAAGAGUUAA